AGCCAGCCAACCCCAACCCUUAUCUCUCUCUCUGACCCCAAACCAGAGAAGAAAGAAAAAAAAUCUCCCACAGCUUCAAUUUCAAUCCCCCUUUUUCCUCUCCUCGGAGAAGCCUCGGCAGCUCAAGGCGUUCUUUACCAAAAUAUGAACAGAUUCGCUUCGUACGAGCAGAACGCCAUGGCAGGCUUUGAGGGGAUGAAGAUGGUGGAUUCAGUUGUGUGCCCAAAACCACGUCGUUUAAGCGCUUUAAAUCCGUCGCUUAACGACCCUAUCAGACCUCCUUAUAGAUGCUUCAAUCAAUACCAAUCAGAGGCUGGAGAUUCUCAGGCAGCGUCUGAACUUCUCGACCUGAUUCUCAAUAAGGGGGAAAGUGGAGGUGAGAGAUCCAUGAAGCAGUUGGCUUCAUCGCCACCGUUCUUUUGUGGGUCUCCGCCGAGCCGGGCGUCGAACCCGGUCAUCCAAGAUGAGCAGUUUGGGAGCUGCAAGGUGGGACCUUUUUCGCCGACGGCGGGGCGCAACGGAGGCUGUGUCCGGAUGAAAUCCGGGGACAAGUCGGUUGCGGUGCGCAUCGAAGGGUUUGAUUGUCUUAGCAGGGACCGCAGGAACUGCAGCAUCCCUUCUGUAGCUUAAAUCUGACUACAAUAUUUAAGAAGCCCUCCAGAAGCAUCAGAGUUUUUAUCAAAAGUGAUGGAAAGAGGGUGUUUUGGGAGAGGAAAUCUAGAGGAGAGGAGCUUACUAAUCUUUUUUGGGGUCUCUGAGUGUGUAAAAUUUUUGUAUAUAGAAGUCGUCAUGGUCAUUCUAAUGUUAUUCGUUUUUGAUUUGUAAAACCGAAGGAUGAUGUAUAUGUAAAUUAAGGUGGUGGGAGAUGAAUCAGAUGAUGAUGAUGAAGAUGUUCGAUUUUGAGGAAUAAAGAGAGAAGUAGGGAGUCUGUAGCCUAUCUCUGUUUGGGGGAGAUGGGAGGUUUCAUGGGACUAGUUUGUAAUCUCCCAAAUGCUUUGUCUGAUUCUCUUGUCUUCCUCCGUUUGUAAUUGUAUUUUGGAGGAACUGAGGAUUUAGAUCUUUUGGAAUUUAUCAUAUGUUGAAAGUUCAUGUGUUAUUGUUCUUCUUGUUCUUCUUCUGCGUUUUCUUUUUUUAAUUGCACAGAUGAAUAUGAUGGGUC